CUUGAAUAUGUAACACCGGAAGUAAUUAGUUUCUACCAACGUGAAGAAACGGCCAAUCGGAAUGCAAGCAGGCCCUGGUUACGAACGAAAUCCCUUCCAUAAAGUCUGACUUUAGGUAACUUGUAGAGUACAUCUGCUUUGACCUCAGAACGUCCCAUGGCUCUGCGGGCUUGCGGAUUCAUCGUAUUCCGGCGGCUGAGUCAGUUUCAUCCUCCUGAUAACAUCCAGUACCUUCUUCUACAAACCUCAUAUGGACGCCAUCACUGGACUCCACCAAAAGGGCAUGUUGACCCAGGAGAAGACGACUUGACAACUGCCCUGCGAGAGACUGAGGAGGAGGCGGGGUUGAGGGCGGGGCAGCUGAACAUUAUUAGCAGCUUCCUGAAGGAGCUGCAGUACAAAGUUAAAGGGAGGGACAAGGAGGUUCUGUACUGGCUGGCUGAGCUGAAGGACCCAGAGACACAAGUGACCCUGUCUAAGGAGCAUCAGGCCUUUCGCUGGGCAGGACUGGAAGAAGCUUGUGAUCUGGCAAAGCAUGAAGAGAUGCAGGAGGCUCUGCGUGAUGCACAGCGCUUCCUGAUGGCAGAAGGAAAGAAUUAGUCAUACUAAUCAGUAAUUCUACAAUGUAUACUGUUCUCCAUGCCUGUCAAUGCAUUUAGUGCAAUGGAUUUCCCUGUCAUCUUUGAGAGGAUGUAAAUAAACAGUUAACAAUAGUACAGCA